GUCUACUUGAUAUGGCGAUCAAAAGAAGAAAAAAAGCGCAAAACUUCAAAAAUGUUUUUAUCUUCCCUCAUUGAAGAAAUUUUCUUACAGAUCAAAUUUUUGGCCUCAAAAGCACUUUUAAAUUAUGUAGGGUGUCAAUUAGCUAAAGUAGUUAUUGUAAAUCUCAAAAAUAUUAACGUUAUACUUUGAGAAAACACUCAUGAAAAAUGGAUUUCAAGACAACAACAACAAAUGAUUAUCAAUGGCCGUUUUCAAAACCCGUAAUAGGAAAACCAUGCGAGCCGCCGAGCCCGGACACGGCGCCGGUCAUACGGCCGGCACCGGUAGCGCCGUACUGCCACUGCGACGCGCACUCAUAUUCCCCGAGGGUCGAACAGUACAAACAACUACUUGAGAAGGAACAGAAGCUUUGCCAAGACUAUGAACAUCUUAGGAAACAGAUGGUGGAUGUCACAAAUGACAUCCUGGAUCACCCUUGCGAUGAUCUCGACAGUAAAAUGAUUACGAUGUAUCAAGCUACGUUUAAGAAAAGAUCAUUCCCAACGGCGGACUACAGAGCAAUAAUAGCAGCGGCGCAAUCCACGGCUCCGAUACCGAUGGAAAGCAAUCGUCUCGGUAUGCUGCGAUGUUACAAGGACCCAACGAACUUUACGGACAAGCCGCCCACAGUUCGACCCACGAUCAACCCCCCAGGGCCAGUGCACACCGGAGUUUCUCCCCAAGCCGUCCAAACUUGGUUCACGGCAUACCCUGGCCGGUCGGAGUAUAUGGACACUUACAGUGCUUCUGCAAAGGCCUGCUGGCGUUCCAUGCAGCGGUAUAAGGAACCCAUGCCGUCCACCAGGCGACGGGCAGACGACACUUGCAUAUAGAGUAUUCUCGUGGAUAUUUGUUUCGUAGUGAUUCGUUUUUCCGUUUAAUGUACAGAUCAUUAAUAUAAUAAGGGAAGAUA